AUGAUCCAAAAUCGAUAUCUGCUUAUACCUAUAGAACCCCCCGUCCAUUGGUCCAUCGUCCUCUUCCCAGGCUUCCAAGCCCUCGAUGCCUUCGGACCCCUCGACAUCCUCAACUUAGUGGCCCGCUACAAGAAAAUCGAACUAUCCAUUAUCGCCGCCACUCUCGAACCCGUAUCAACCGACGUUGCACCAUUGUUUCCCGACAAACAAGACGUCUGGAACCCCGCUGGAUCCAAUAUCGGACAAGCAGUUGUACCGACACAUACAUUCGAUAAUCCACCCAGUAAAAUCGAAGUAUUGCUUGUACCUGGUGGAGGCGGUACCCGCAGCGAUGCCUCAUCAAACCCCGUGAUUGAAUUUAUUGGAAAAAUAUAUCCAUCCCUCAGAUACUUGCUUACAGUAUGUACUGGCUCUGGUCUUGCUGCUCGAGCCGGUGUGCUGGACGGCAAGCGAGCGACGAGUAACAAGCGUGCUUGGAAUGAGGUGAUUGCUCUCCGUGAAGAACCUACAUGGAUUCGACGAGCGCGCUGGGUGGCAGAGGGGAAUAUCUGGAGUUCGUCGGGGAUUAGUGCAGGCAUGGAUAUGAUGUUUGCAUAUGUGGAGUAUGUUUGGGGAAAGGAGUUUGCGAAUGUUGUUUCGAAGAGGAUGGAGUAUGUUCGGAAUGAGGAUUGGGAUAAUGAUCCUUUUGCUUAA